UCACACACGACUUACUUUUAUUAUAUUAUUUUAUCAAAACAUUUAAGGAAGUUGUUUAUCGUUUAAUUUGUUAAACAGUUAAAUAAAACGGUUGCUUAAGUGUCUGAUUCAUUUCAUUUAAGGGAAAUUGUUCAAAUUUAUACACUUAAAUAACUACGGGUUGUGCGCGAAGAAGAUAGAGCUAUAAUCAAACGCAGGAACUUCACACAAAUCACACAUGUUUCAUUCAGAUUUUCGUAUCAAAACAUCGCACUAUCGCAGCGCGCAGUUUUCUUGCUAUCUGCCAGAAGUAGUGUUGUCGAAUUUGUGGUCCUGUAUUUCGAGACACAAAUUCUAUUUCGUGUUAUUAUAACUAUUUUUAAACAAGAAAGUGUUGUAGUGCGGUGUGAACGGUUCGGUUCAAGAUAAGUUUAACUGUGAAGGGACAAGUAGACCUACUUAGGUAUACAUAUUAGUAUUGUGUUGAUUUGAGUGGUUUCUGCGACUUACGUCACUUGAGCCGGCCAAUCGUUCGCCGCCGUGGACGGCAACAGGCUGUUGAGAAGUGUUUUGGAUUUUGGAACUAUUUUGUUGAGAGUUGCAGAUGUUGAUGGAUCCGCGCUGAACUAUGCUUCUGAAAUGCACCGCGGACGGGAGACGUAUCAAAGUGAACGGACCUUCUGUUGGCCAGGGAAAUGUCGCGAGAGGCAUGAAAAUGACAAUGUCACCAUUGUCCUCCUCCCCCACAAUGAGCGCCCGCGUGCAUAGGAAGGUGAUGCGCGCGCCGCACAAGCGGCAGCUCCCGGGCAAGAUGGCGCACGGAGGCAAGAUGGUGCACCCCGGGAAAGUGCAUCCGGGCAAGCUGGCGCACCUGGGCAAGUUCGGCCGGCUGCAUUACUCGCACACGCACGCGCGCCCGCCGGACCCGUGCGAGAACAGCAACGACAGCGGGCUCGGGCCCGACCACGAUCAGAGACAUAACGCGGUCAACAGAGAACCCGAGGAGUGGGAGCGGCGCUCGGCGGCGGUUAAGAUAGAGUGCGACGACGCGAACGACGCGUAUGCGUUCCCGGCGCCGAUGCAGACCGCGCCCGCUACCGCUACCGCGCCCGCGCCACAAGCUGACGCUACCGUGAUGCCCCCCGUAAUACGAGCAGGUUGCAGCAUAUCUAGUCCCAGCACCGAAACAGAGACAAGACUUAACUACCCCGACUACCGGUCGUGCGGCAAGCUCGGCAGCGGGGGCAAAUACGCGGGCGGGGGGAAACUCGCCGGUGGGAAGCUAGGGGGUAAACUCGGGGGGAAGUUGGGAGGGAAGUUCGGGGGAAGUUGGCGCAGGCGCUGGCGCGGAGAAGAGCGCUGGUGGCGAUGACGCGGCGCGCCGGGGCUGGCCGCGCCGCUGUCGGGCCGGUCGAGAGACGGCACGGUGGAGCUUCAAAUCCUGUGUCAGCCGGAGACGCAACACAGAGCCAGGUAUCAAACGGAGGGCAGUCGAGGAGCCGUGAAGGAUAACUCGGGGAACGGGUUCCCAAUAGUCAAGUUGGUGGGCUAUGACAAGCCUGCGGUGCUACAGGUUUUCAUCGGUACGGACACGGGUCGGGUGGCGCCGCACAUGUUCUACCAGGCAUGCCGGGUGUCCGGCAAAAACUCCACCAGCUGUAAGGAGAGGAAGGAGGAUGGCACAGUCGUCAUAGAAAUAGACCUGGAGCCGGCGCGCAACUGGCAGGUCACCUGCGACUGCGUCGGGAUACUCAAGGAGCGGAACGUGGACGUGGAGCACCGAUUCGGCGAGCUAGGCGGGCCGGCGGCGCACGUGUCGCGCGGCAAGAAGAAGUCCACGCGGUGCCGCAUGGUCUUCCGGACCGAAAUCGUCAACGCCGACGGACAGACGGAGACAUUGCAAGUCUGCUCCACGCAAAUCAUAUGCACGCAACCUCCCGGAGUACCAGAAGUGUGUCGGAAGUCCCUAGUGUCCUGUCCGGCGACGGGAGGCCUGGAGCUGUACCUGCUGGGGAAGAACUUCCUCAAGGAGACGAGGGUCGUGUUCUGCCAUCGACAGGACGGGCGUAGCGUAUGGGAGGACGAGGUGGUUCCUGACAAGGAGUUUUUACAGCAGACGCACCUAGUGUGUUGCGUGCCACCGUACAUCCGCACGGACAUCACGGAGCCGGUGUCGGUGCAGCUGUUCGUCCGGUCCGGCGGCAAGGCGUCCGAGCCGCACUCCUUCACGUACACGCCGCCCGCGCUCGACACCGGCCCGCAGCACUGCACGCGCCACCACACGCAAGGCGCCGACGACGCUCGCCCCGCGCCCGUGCUGCUGUGGAGCGGCGCCGCCAUGAUGCCGCCGCCCGCGCUGCCCGUGCGCCGACCCUCGCUCAUCCUGCCCGACCCGCACUCGCCGCUCGGGCUCAAGGCCGAGCUGCAGGACGACUCCAGCCAGCACGAGCACGACUCCUGCGGGCCCGAGGGGCCCGAGCGCCGAGCGCCGCCGCUGCUCGCCGACGACCUCGAGGUGGUCGACCUGCGGCUCAAGGCCGAGGCGAGCCGCGACGGCUCCUCGUUCGGCGUCGCCUACGACGCCAUCAAGCUGUCGCCGCCCGCCGCGCCGCAGAGCGAGCCGCCCUCGCCGCUCGCCUCCUUCACGCAGCAGCUGCAGGCCAUCCAGAACCAGGUGCAGACCGACAAGAUGGUCGAGUCCGUCACCGCCGCCAUCUUCAACUCGGACGACCCGGCCGGCCAGAUGUACCCGGCGCAGAUGCCCGGCAUUAUGCCCAUGGACCCGAUGCGGCGGCUCAUCUCCGCCAAGAACAACGCGAUGCCGAUGCAGCAGGACAUGAAGGCGCUCAACCGCGAGAUGAUCAUCGCCGACGCGAGCAUGCAGGCGGCGACCGCGAGCAUACAGGCCGCCGCGAGCAUGCAGGCCGCCGCGAGUAUGCAAGCGGCCGCAAACAUGCAAGCGGCCGCAAACAUGCAGGCCGCCGCUAACAUGCAGGCCGCCGCGAGCUUGCAGGUCGCCACCGAGCCCGGCCUGAUCACGUUCGGUCAAAUGGUGCAGCCGCAGCAGCGGCCGCAGGAGCCGUUCAACCCCUUCACGAUAACCAAGAUGGAGAUGGAGACGGAUCAGAUCGAGCAGCGCAUCGCGCAACAGACCGCCCACAUGGAGGCGCUGGUGGAGGACGCGAUGAAGGCGACGGCGGUGAUGCUGCCGGCGGACGCGGCCAAGCUCGACGAGCUGGUGAACUCGCGCGUGGAGGACCACCUGUCGGGCGCGUCCUCGUCGCCGUCGACGACGUCGCACGCGUCCGACGUGCUGCUGAGCCCGCCGGCGGGCGUGGGCGCGGGGGCGCCGCACGACAGCCUCAUGGCGCCGCUGCCGCCCUCCGCCAUCUCGCCGGACGUGAUCCUCAACCCGCAGGUGUCGCCGAGCAUGCUGUGCGACGCGGGCCCGCGCUGCGUGAUGCAGGCGCCGGCGCCCUCGCAGGAGGAGCUCAUGAUGAUGACGGAGCUGACGUCCUCGGUGAAGACGCCGCCGGCCGCCGUCAAGUCGAUGAUCCUGAACGCCGCCGCGGAGAUCCUGACGUCGGACUCGACGAUGAACGCGCUGGUGACGUCGGCCAUCAACACGGCCAACAUCCUGACGACGGAGAGCGAGGUGAUGCAGAUGGCGGCGGCCGAGCAGCCGAGCCCGAGCGAGCCGGCGGCCGACCCGCCGCUGUCGGCCAUGUCGCAGGCCGUGUCGCAGGCCGUGACGCAGGCCGUGUCGCAGGCCGUGUCGCAAGCCGUGUCGCAGGCCGUGUCGCAGGAGAUGACGGCGCCGGUGCAGGGCCUCACGGACAUGAGCGACAGCGACCUGCUCUCCUACAUCAACCCGAGCACCUUCGACCAGGUCUGAACUGCGGGCCCCGGGACGGUCGCGAACGGACAGUGCUAUGCAUUUCCUACUAUAGUGAGGUGUUGAAGGCUCAAAGCAGUUUUUACGUGAAUUUUUAAUGGACCGGAUUAAUGGAUGCUAGUAUAAGCGACGCGGACACAUCUCCUUGCGAUGGCUGGAAGUGUUAUGAUUCUCAAUAUUAUAUUCGUGUGGAGUGUUUAUGGAUGUUUGUAAACAGCAGACGAGUCAAUUAAGUUUUCAUGUGAGUCAGUAUUACAGGGCUAAUAAAUUACAUAUACCUUUAUAUUUUGCAACUGAAUCAUUGGAGUACCGGUGGGACUGGGAGUGAAUGGACGCAAUUAAUGAUUUCGAAUUUUAUGUAAAUAGUGAUAGCUUUGUAUCGAUGUUGUUAUUAAAUUAGUUAGUUUUGUAAGUGUCGAUGCGUGUAGGAAUUUACAUAAUCAUGUAUUGCUAAGCUUGAUGUUGGAGGGUUAAGUUAGGGGGAGAAUUUGAUCGGUGAUCGAUUGAAUUAUUUUACGCAGCUUUGUAAACGUUAAAUAUUAAAAAUGAGGCCCUAUUUAAAUUAAAGAUAUUACUGAAUAUAGGGCAGUAUUUUCGAUUCCGGAUAACGUAGUUGGAAGUUACAUUCCCUACAUGAAAAUACUGACCUGUACUCGCGAAGUAAAAAGUAAAAUGAUAAAGGAAUGCAAGUAAUCUACUAUUUGAGUUCUCGAGAAGUAAUUCGCUUGUUAAUUUAAUGUUAAGUAUUGUACUGUAUGUUAUUUGAGCGUAUUAAAUUAUCCUAAUAUAUUUAAAUUGACGAUUGGUUAAACAUGAUCUUAGUUUAAUCGAGCUUGACCAUUUUAUAUACAAAAAUCGAGUUAAGGAAUUAUUUUUUAUUUUAAUUUUAAGUAAACAUAUAGUAGUCAUAGCGUAAUUAUUUGUAUAAAGAGGAAAUCAAAUAGUAAAUUAAUUACAAUUAAUCUCAUGUAUUGUAGGAGAUGAUGGAAGUUGGAUGACGCUUGUGAUGCGUUGAUGUUUUGAUAAAAAUAUUGCCAUUCUGUAAGUUACAUACAAUAAAAACUAUUACAACAAUUUUGCCGUGGCGGCCAGCUACGGACGGAUGCGUUUACGUAAGUCGCUCCAUCUAUACAAUGGAGCGACGGACCAAUUCGCAAUAGUGUGAGGACCCGUAAUACGUAAAUGAUUUGAUUCGUAUAUUAUGAGUGUUAUAGUACGUGUGUUUUAUUCAGCGCCUAGCUGAUACAUUUGCCGUGGCUGAAUUUUAAUGUGUCCUGAGGGUAGCGUAAGAACGGUAUGAGUAUGUGCUUUGAAGCGCGGGAUGACAAAACUUGCGACUGAAGAAACUAUUGGAAUAUAAUCCCGAAAUUAAAGCCGGUGGCUUACUUAAGAACAUUAUUUACUAGCAACAACAAUAUUGCGGAGUACACUGACAUUCUCAAAUCUCUCAUACACUGUCUUUGGAAUGUCUGGAAAAAAUAAUUAAGAUUAAUUACGAUUAGGUAGGCAAUCUUUACUAUAUUCAGUCUUAAUAUACCUAUAAGUACUUUAAUUAUUUAUGUUGUAUUGUAUAUAGCUACUUUGCACACAGCAAUAUUGAUUUUGCAACAUAUAAAUGAUUGUCUUUGAGUAAUGCCACCGGCUAAAGCUAGGUCACAUACUAUCGCCAAUACAUGUCCGAAAAUAUGUGAUAUGUAACAACAAAUAUUAUUAGUUUAAUUCGACAUAGUAGCUAAAUAUAUAUUGUUUAAGGAAAACUGUACUGAUGUGAUUAGAGCAAAGAUUUAUUAUAAUCAUAUAACAGAUACUUUUAUAGUAACGUUGAAUGCUACAUGUUAUAUGUGCCAUUACUGUGUGUAACCUUAGCGUAGUUAAUGUAAGUAAAUGACCCCUGAAUCGAGACCUUCGCUGACAACUCUGACAUGGCAAAAUAUGUUAUUUACAAAAUAUGUUAUAUAACAUGUAAAUUAUAAUGCAAAGAGAUUUAGUAAAAAAACUAAGUAAUUAAAUACUUAAUAAGUAUUUCAUCUUUGUUACGAAAAUAUCCAAAAAAUAGUAGUAAUCUAACUAUAUGAAAUACUUAAAAUUGAAAUCUUUAAUUUAAGAGAAGUGACAUGCUCAAUGACCACUUUAAAAAAAAAUAGCUACAAGUAGCGGCACGUAAGUUUAGCGCUGACCGUUAUUGCGCAGAAGUCCAAAACAGGACUCUCAGAGGAUUACAGGGGACGAAGGGUAUGCGUCCCCAUGCGCAGCUAUCCCCUCCACAUUUCACUCAACGCUAAACUUAUGUUCGUGUCGCUACUUGUACGUAUGUAAUGUAUCUAGUAUCUAUUUACCAUCAAACUUACUUGUCCUGUCAGAGUAGCCAGUUUAAGUUUUUGGUAUAGGACAAUUCAUUUCGGCCGACUUGUACUACUUUAAAUACAAAAACAUUGACAUUUUAUAACAUCGAAUAAACAACGUAUUUUUGUAGGAGUUGGUGUUUCAAAAAUCAGCCAAAGAUGAAAUUAAAUCGGUAAAAGCGGUAUAAUGCCACAUAAACUGAGUAUAGUCUGGCGUGGCUAAUCUUUCAGCGAUGUUUUAUUAUUCGAUAGCAUAGAUUGUGUAAGUGUUAUAUAUUGAUAUUAUAUAAAGUUUUUAAACAAAGAACGCCACUAACGUCUACAAAAUAAGUACGUUUGAAAAUAAGACUUCCACAGUCCCACAGUCUCUGUUAUCAAACUCGCUGUAAAGUUAGCUUGCUCCGACUCUUACAACCCACAAGUUCACUACAAGAGUGCCUUCAACUCUACACAGAAUCGAUAUCAGGGACCAGAAACAAUAUGUUCAAUAGAUUAAGGUUGCGAGAGGGAACUAUCAGUGCAAUUAAAAUUUACACAUUUUUCUAGCAUCGAAAUAGCAAAAGUGCUCGGCGCACUUUAAAUAUUACCGUAUUUGUUGUGUGUCAAUUAUUGGACACAAUUGCAAUUUAGCAGCUAUUUAAAACGCUUUUGUAUAAGGCGACGGAGUACAUAAUUGUAAUGAUAUACCUAUUUCGAUUAAAUAUUUUAGAUGAUUUUAAUAGUGCGCAUCAAUAUGAAUUCAACGAGUAAAUGGUGCCACAGAAAAUAAUAAAUCAGAUUAUCAAAACUCUUUCUUAUAUUCAAAAAGGAUUUCUUGACAAAAAAUAUUAAUAGUUAUUACCUUGAAAUGUUCUCAACAUAUCACAAUAAGGUCGAAGUUCAAAUUAAUGAUAGUCACAAAUGAUACAAUUUAUCAUCUUUAUAAAUGUCACACGUGUAUUAUUUACAAGGAAUUAUAAUGAAAGGAAAUAUAUUUUGAUUAAGUAAAAAGAUCAAUUGAACAAUAAUUAUAUAAAACUAAAAUUACAUUUUGUUGAAACUAAUGGCGCAAACACACUGGGUCGCUCGCCGAAUCUGUUCAAAAAGAGAGGAGUCGUGAAAUGUAAAGAAAGCCAUACUUUCUAUCGUAAGAUUUGCUUUUCUGCGCAAACUACAGUUGUUGAUGUUGACAGGCUACAAACAUAGUUUCAUGCGAACGUCAGUAUGGUUGAGCUAUUAUGUAUCAAUGUCUUUGAUAAUAAAAUUUUAGGGACCUAUAAAAUUAUUCAUGGACCAAGUCCAGUAUUAAAGUAAUCUGUUAAAUUUUUAACGUUAUAUAUGGUUCAAAACCUUAUCAUAAAAGGCCAAGAUAGUAAGUUAUAACCACAAAUUUACAUGUGUAUCAUAUAGUCGCAAAAAUUACUUGUUUAAAAGGUUUGUAUUUGUCCUUUCGGUACAUGUUUUCUUCUUUAAAAUGUACGUUUUCAUUGAUCUGCCUGUUAAUGGUCAAUGUUUUCGAUCUCAAAUUAUUACUAUCACUGCGGUCUUCCAAUUUGUUUCAAUUACGAGAAAAAUAUUGCCGACUGAAUAUUAAAGUUUUUAAUUUCUCUAAAAUUACGCAUCAUAGAUUGUGAAAUCAGUUUUUAAGAUGUUAAAUUAUAUUUCCUGACUUUUAUUAUAUUAUUUGGUCAUGCCAGUUCCAGUCGGCUAUUUUUCUUUAGAACGUUAUUUUUUAUGGAUCUGAUUCAAUGCAUUGUUAUUUUCAAAUUCACCACUAGAUAUAUUUCCGGGCAACCGACACUCGGUUAUUUGUUUAAAUAAAAUAAGGUAUAAUAUUCUAUUCUUUCAAUGUGUCCCUCUCAACUGAAUAGCAAAAUAUCUUGAGAUUCCUGCGAAAUUAUAUGCAAAUUUAUUGUGCUAUUUUAGCACGAAGCUGAUACGCUGCACGGCUGGUAAUAUAAAUACCAAUGUAUAAAUGUAUUUAAGUUUAAACCGCAUCUAUAUAGGUUUAAGAUUGAAUUUUGAAAGAUAAUUCCGUGUUUAUAUUACUAUACGUGCCUGUAUGCUCCGUCGGUAGAUCUCUAGUCGGUCCAGUACAUUCAAUGCAACUUGCCGAAAUGUUUGAAAUUGUAUGUUAUUUGUUUUGAUGUACUAAUUAAUUAAAUGUUAUGAAAAAUAAA